AUGAGCCCUGUCAACAUUACUGAUAUCAUUUUAACCGAUACGGCGGCAGUAUCUCAUGUUACGACUGUCGAUGACAGGGAUGAUGAGCGAAGAGAAGGAAGUCCUGAAGGUGGCACACGAUUAACGGUCUAUGGAUCCGGUUUUGCUGAAAAUCGUUUCAGUUUAGUACCAUCAACAGAAUCAUCAAAUACAAUAGAAUUAGUUCAAGGGAAUGAUGUUUAUGUUUGUCCGAUGCACAAUGAAAAAGUCACUGAUACUCAGUUGACAUGUAAUACGCCUCGAUUGCCUGAAGGAGAUUAUCAAGUUCGAGUUUCUGUGGAAGGUAAUCCGGUUCCCAUAAGUCAAUAUAGUUCUCCAUCAUCGGCAACAUUCAAGGCGCAUCGAAAUUAUACACCUCAAAUUACUAAUAUAUCGCCGGCAUCAGGCUUGCCAUGGAGAUUGGUUACAUUAACUGGUGAUUUUAAAACUGAAUGUUACUUACGUGAUAGUCGCGAAUGUUCACCAAAAAAUGUGUCCGCUAUUUCUCGGUAG